AAUCACAAAAUCUGAAAAUGCCGAAUGAAUCAAAACACUCUCGUCCUCGUCGCAAAAUAACUCAAACGACAGCCGAUCAGUGCUCUUCCUUAUCGUGUAGAAUCGAAAAGCCUUGUGACAAGGCAAAGAAGAAAAAAAUUGAUUCAGACGCCCUGGAAAAUGCAACUUCAAAUGAGGUUGUAGAAGAUUUUAAUGACCCCAGCCCAGAUCAAACCUAUCAAAGGGUGGGCCAAAAAAGUUGUGUUGAGGAGGCUGAACAAAAUGAUGAGUACAACCCUGAAGAGGAAGAUGAUACCUCUGAUGAAGAAGUUGCCUUGCUGUCGAAAAGUCUUACACGACAUGCUGGUAGGCGUGACUCGCCACCGCCGCGGUUGGGUGGCGCGCAGAGAAAGCCAUACGAGGAACGGAAGAGCGACCGCAUUGUGGCCGAGGCGUCUAUGUGGAUCCUGACACGUAUCGUCCAAGUUGAGAACAAGUACAGCUACUGCACAGCCGAUGACCUCCACCUUAUUUAUGCCAACGACUGCAUCGAAAAGAAAAAAGAAAUUCUUGGGAAAGUGCCGUUCAACAGAAUGGUGUUGAGAUACUUUCCGUCUUUGUUUCUGAGAUACAUGACUCACCCGGAUGAAAAAGGCGGUCAGAGCAGAAAAUUGUAUCUUGGAAUAAAGAUUCUUUCUCCUGUGAUGGAGGCGGAGGGCGACUUCAAUCUGACCUCAGUCAUGGUGCCGCAGGACCUUUCUGUUACCCUUCAUACUGAGCGUGUCCUCCAAGUCCGCUACAUCACAACUAACUACUCAGUCAAUGGAAAUCCGUUGGUGUACACAUUGACUGUCACCAAAGACGGUGAUGUGAAGCUGAGUUUUAUGGGAAAGGAAGUCCAACCUCUCUCCAUAGGCUUCCCCGAUAAGAUAAGAAUGAUCAACAGUGACUUGCAAGCAGUGUUCAAAUGUCUCCGUGCCAUCGUGUUGUGUACUGGCAUCUCUCUAGAUGGCUGGAAGGAGGUGGACAUUCCAAAUAAAGACUGUACAUCACAUUUUGUUGAGAAGUGGACAAAGCCAGCACAGGGACUUAGUAGUAGUGUUGGAUGGUAUAUUCGCUCAAGACAAUGUUCAGCUGCACUCCCCAUUUGGUCAGUGUAUCUUGACAAGUGUUGUGUUUCUUGUAAAAAUCUCAAAUCUUAUUACAUAAGCCGAGGACGGUUUGUUGCCGACAGAGACCAUGGACAAGUAGUAAAGGAAUCAAAUUGAAACAUUUAGUUAGAUCUCAUAGAGUUGCAUUAAAACAAAUGCUUGCUGAAAAGUUCAAGCUGGAACCUACUUUUGUUACUAGGUAUUGAUCAUCAUCAGUAAUAAAAGCAAGAAU